AUGUCAGAUCUCCUCGACGAAAUCACGGCUCUAGAGCAGGCGUCAGACGAUAUCUCAUCAAAUAGACGUCAUCGUUACCAGGUCGCAAGAGGCUUCCUUUGGACUGCAUGGCAACGUUGGAUCCAAUUAUCGACAUAUUACCUAUUUGGAACACGGUUACUACGACGUUGUAACCCCGAGGACUGGUACCCAGCCUUGCCUCCUGAAUAUGAUGAGCUGGAACUCGGCACUGUUGGCAACUCGCUAAAGGUGGAAGAUCAAACAGAGAAAGCUUGCAAUUACAUGUGCAGGCACUCCUACUAUCUUGUCAGACUCAGUGCGCCAGGCACUUUGGAUCUGAGAACUCUUGUUCUUCGAUACAACGACCAGUUUGGUAACAAAAGAGCAAGAUGCCAUCAGAGAGGCGCUGAUUGGUUGCAUUGCGACGCCGCUGCAGCGUUUUGCCAACGAUGCGUCACGUCGACACCAGAGGAUCAGUCGACGCAUGACCAAGCUUGUUCAAACAAACAAUGCCAAAAGCUUAUGUGGGAUAGGAACUCAUAUCUGAGCACUGAAGCUCCAAGGGCUGUGGAUCUAUCGUUGAGUGACUCCAACUCGACAAAGUGUUUGAGAUAUAGAAAAGCAGCGGGCCAAACCCUGGCGAUAUCUCAUGUUUGGGGUCAUGGGCAAGGUGGAAGACCCGAAGAUGGGUUCAACGAAUGCCUUCAUAACCGCUAUUCUGCCAUUGCACUCAAUCUGGGCUGUGACUCGUAUUGGAUUGAUGCUGCUUGUAUCCCGUCGGAUGAACACCUUCGAUCCGAAGCAAUCAAAACCAUCAACCCUACGUUUAGGGAAAGCAAGGUAACUUUGAUUUGCGACAGAGAUGUCAUGGAUAUCGAUAUCGGCUCUCAAAGUCUGUCCAAGGAGCAGUGCGAACGUUUAAUUUCAGUCCUCCUUCUUAGUGAUUGGAAUAUUCGAGCCUGGACCCUGCUUGAAGGCAUUCGUGGAAACAGGGCCAUUCAUGUCUUGUGCAAGAAUAACAAUCCUGUUCCUUUGAAAGACUUCCUUGUGGUGUUGUAUGAGCGAGGAAGUAUAGAUUUAUGUGGCGUACUUCUUGGCUCUCCUCACCUACUUCCUAUGGGCCAAGAGAUUUCUACAGUCGAACUGGAAAAGGCAGGAACUAUGUUGAGCCGGCGCUUUGCUUCCAGACCAGGGGAUGAGAUGGUUAUAUGGAGUCUGCUUUGCGGUGACGAUACAGCAGAGAAACGACUAGAACGUUUCUGGAAAGGGAGAUUGCGAGUUCCUAUCAAGUCGGGGUUUUUAAUGUCAACUUCCGAUCGAGUAAAAGGUAUCCGUGGUCUCAGUUGGGCACCAUCGUCACCUUUCGCGCGGCCCAUGGAACUCAAUGUAUCGUCACCAGACCCUGCUAUCUAUGCUUCCUAUGAUGGUAAUGGCACGAUAGCCGUCAAGCUCCUGGACGAAAAGGUCUCGGAUUGCAAUACUGCGCUUCAUCUCCGAGGGGAUUGGUGUGUUUACAUCGUCCAGCCAUCAGAUCUUGAAGAUCUUUCAGCUGUUCCCAAUUCAUGCUGGGAGCGUGCGAAACAACUCCUUUCGUCUGGAGAGUAUAAGAGAGUUAUCUUUGUAAGACCCGUUUUUAGCAGGGCUCACGUCGUUGCAGGUGAUGAGAUUCCCUUCCUGAGGCCCACAACAGAUGCCGCAGCCAUACCCAGGUGCGAUCAAUAUCAAGUCCAACUCAAGAUCAUAUACGAUUGCAUCAGUCGCAACUUCCAGUACAACAUCAUGUCCUCGCCCUCAUCAUCCUCGUUCACCAGAGAACAGAUCUGGGAAGAGUGGAAGAAUUGUGGUACACAACCGGAAGAACGUCGAGACACAACAAGCAGCUUCAUUUGCCACGACAUUCGUGAGAUUGACAUCGACGGUCAAUGGUUCAAGGAGCGGGACGCGCCGCAAAAGACCGGCAAUGAUAGACCCUCCUCGAAGCCAAGGAUGGAGGAAGAACGUAUUGUUGAUCGUGCAUUUGACCUUCUCUCCCGGCUUCCAGACACACCAAUUCCAUUAUUCAACCACCCGGUGCUACCAGGAGACCAGUCGAAGCACGGCUGGUUGAAGAUAGGUGGAGAUACCUAUGUUUGGGAGGACCUGGAGGUUGUCCACACAACGUCUGCAAUUGUUAUUCGAAUGGCACUUUCUAUUGCAGCUACAUGGGACAGAAGCCCGAAAACAAAUGUCAGAGGCAAGGAAUUGCACAUGUUUAGAAAGUUUCUGGAUUUCACUUCUGAGUUGAUAGACUCAACUACAUACGAGUCGGAGAAACCGAGUUUCAAGAGCCCCGGCCAGCAAUGGAGAUGGUUCGUGCUCAAAGCAUACCUGUGGAGUACUUGGCAGAGAUGUGUAGCUCUUCACUACUGGCGCAUUCUACAGGACCAUUUGGCCAUUGGUUUCGAUUACAGCGACCUCAGCGAACUGGCCCUUCGUCCAAACCUCGACUCUUCCCUGGUCUCCGAAAAACAAACAGUUUUGAAAUCGGAGUACAUGUGUAGUCUUGCCUACCAGAUUCUACUCAGGAGUAGGUCGACUGCAUUGCUGGACCUGCGGCAAUUUCACGCCAGAUUCAAUGACCUUUUCGGGAGUAAACCUGGGAGGUGUAACAACCGCAAGUCAUGCGAUGGAGAGUCACCUGCUCGUUGCCGCAGAAUGCAGGGUGCAAUGAUUGUUGAUCAAAGCCAACAUGACCUUUUGUGCUCGAACCCUACUAAUUGUAAUCGAAUUCUAUGGAACGAAGAGUCGUACCGUCAAGUAACUGGAGGACGCGCUGUUUCUAUAGCUGCUUGUUCAGAUGUGAGUCAGGUUACUCUUCUAUAUGAAGGUGCUUCUCCGCAGACUCUUACAAUUUCACAUGUGUGGAGUCACGGUCAAGGUGGUCGUCCAGAGUCGGGUCUCAACGCUUGUCUUCAUGCUCGGUACUCUGUGAUUGCUAGGAAGUUUGGUUGUUCAAGCUAUUGGAUCGACGCCGCAUGUGAGUAG